UCCUUGGCCGCGAAUCACUGGCACCACUCGCAAGUCGAAGCAGAAUCCAAAUCGACAUGGAACUCUCCCCGACCUCAUCCCUUGGUCUCCAGCUCGUCCUGCUCCUCCCCAUGCUCCCUCUGCUCUACUUGCUCCUGCGCCAGGACCCCAAGAAGCAGCCUCGCGCUCAUGGCCUCAAGGCCUACCCACUCCUGGGAACGCUCCCUCACUUCGUCAAGAACCAGGACCGCAUCCUCGAGUGGACCGCCGGCGUCAUGAAGCGUGACCCCGCGCACACCAUGUCCGUCAAGGCCCUCGGCCUCACCGGCGCUGCGAUCACCGCCAACCCGGCCAACGUCGAGCACAUCCUCAAGACCAACUUCGCUAACUACCCCAAGGGCGAGCUCGCGGUGUCCAUGAUCGAGGACUUCCUCGGCCACGGCAUCUUCAACUCCGAUGGGGAACAGUGGCUGUGGCAGCGCAAGGCCGCCAGCUACGAGUUCAGCAAGCGCUCGCUCCGGAACUUCGUCGUCGACGCCGUCCGCUUCGAGGUCGUCGAGCGGCUUCUUCCCCUGCUCGACCGGGCGCGCCAAGACGGCCGGACGCUGGACGUGCAGGACGUGCUGGAGCGCUUCGCGUUCGACAACAUCUGCCGCGUGGCGUUCGGCGAGGACCCGGCGUGCCUCGCCGAGGAGAACAUGGCGGCGCCGCAGAGCGCCGAGUUCAUGCGCGCCUUCAACGACGCGCAGAACGCCAUCAUGGCCCGGUUCAUGUCGCCGCUCAAGUCGCUGUGGCGCCUCAAGAGGCUUCUCAACAUGGAGCCCGAAAGGCGGAUGCGCGAGGCGCUCUGCACCAUCCACGGCUACGCCGACAGGAUCGUCCGCGAGCGCAGGGAGCGAGGCGACGCCGGGCUGGCGUCCAGGGACGACUUCCUGUCGCGCUUCGCCGCGAGCGGCGAGCACAGCGACGAGAGCCUCCGGGACGUGGUCACCAACUUCCUCCUCGCCGGGCGCGACACGACGUCGUCGGCGCUGACCUGGUUCUUCUGGCUGGUCUCCACCCGGCCCGACGUGGAGGACAGGAUCGUGCGCGAGAUCCGCGCGGCGCGCGCGUUGUCUAGCCACGGGAGCACGCAUCCGUCGCCGACGUUCAGCUUCGACGAGCUGCGCGACAUGCACUACCUCCACGCCGCCGUCACCGAGUCCAUGCGGCUGUACCCGCCGGUGGCCAUGGACACGCACAGCUGCAAGGAGGACGACUUCCUGCCGGACGGCACGUUCGUCGGGAGAGGGUGGCUGAUGACCUACUCUGCGUACGCGAUGGCGCGGGUGGAGGACGUCUGGGGCAAGGACUGCGAGGAGUUCAGGCCGGAGCGGUGGCUCGGCGAGGACGGCGCGUUCCGGCCGGAGAGCCCGUUCAGGUACCCGGUCUUCCACGCCGGGCCGCGGAUGUGCCUCGGCAAGGAGAUGGCCUACAUCCAGAUGAAAUCCAUCGUCGCGUGCGUGUUCGAGAGGUUCAGCUUCCGGUUCGUCGGCGGCGAGGAGCGGCCGGGGCUCGUGCUCUCGCUGACGCUGCGGAUGGAAGGCGGCUUGCCAAUGGAGGUGAUCGAGAGGAAGAGUUCGGUAAUCUAGGCUGGACCUGUCUGCUUUGUCGCUAGCAGUAUAUGUCUACUUUGAUCAGUUGAUUGUAUAUCGACUUGAUUAUACAACCAGUGAUUUUCCAACUACCA